AGCCGGCCAUCGACACUGAAGAAACCCGUGACCAUGGCUGCGCUCGCAAGCAAGCAGCAAUCACAAAAGAUUUUCGAGAAGCUCAAGACCAAGCAGGCAAACAAAAUAUGCUUUGACUGCGGACAGAAGAACCCAACGUGGACGUCCGUUCCAUUCGGGAUCUAUCUUUGCCUCGACUGCUCCUCGAACCAUCGCAAUCUCGGAGUGCACAUUUCUUUUGUGCGCUCCACAAACCUCGAUCAAUGGCAAUGGGACCAACUGCGCGUCAUGAAAGUGGGUGGCAAUGAAUCGGCCACCAAAUUCUUUCAGCAGAACGGAGGAUCCGCCGCCUUGAACAGCAAGGACCCCAAGACCAAGUAUCAUUCGCCCGUAGCGACCAAGUACAAGGAGGAGCUGAAGAAACGAGCGGCGCGGGACGCCAAGGAGUACCCCGAGGAAGUCGUCAUCACUGACGGCACCGAUGCAGGAGACGGCACAAACACUCCCGCUGGGGAGCCGGACGACGAUUUCUUCUCCUCAUGGGACAAGCCUGCGAUCAAGAAGCCCACGCCUCCGGUCUCACGAACGGCUACCCCGCCAGUAGUGGGAAGGACGCCAUCCCCCUUCCUCACUACCGGUGGCGCCAACGGGAAGGACAUCGCUCGUACUCCCUCGCCGCUCGCCAAGCCCGCAGACUCCGCCGCCAAGCCCGCCGCCAGCCGUAUCACUCACUCGUCGGCCCUUAAGAAAACGACGGGCGCAGGCCCCAAGAAGGCAAAUGUGCUCGGAGCGAAGAAGACUACCAAGCUCGGGGUGAAGAAGGUCAACGCCGAAGUCAUUGACUUUGAUGAAGCCGAGAAGAAAGCUAAGGAGGAGGCCGAAAGGAUUGAGAAGCUUGGUUACGACCCAGAUGACAUAGAUACCACUGCUCCGAAGAAGGUUGGCGGUGCCAAGGCCGAGUCGAGCGGUGCUGGCAUCCUGGCGCCUACACCUGUCAGCCCAGCACGAGGUGGAUACGGUUCAUCGGGCCACAGCAGGGAGAAGUCUGCAUCCGAGAUGGAGAGACUUGGUAUGGGCAUUGGCAGGCUAGGAUUCGGCCAAGUUGGUGGCAACAAGCCCGCCGCGGCAGCGCAGCAAAAGAAGGGCGGCGGCUUCGGAUCGGUUGGCCCUAUCAAGGCGACUCCGGAAGCCGACGAGGAGAAGUAUGCGCGAAGCAAAUUCGGUUCGCAGAAGGCCAUCUCCUCGGACGAAUUCUUUGGCAAGGGCUCCUAUGACCCCAACGCCCAGGCCGAGGCCAAGACACGGCUGCAAGGCUUCGAAGGUGCCUCGGCCAUCUCUUCUAACGCCUACUUCGGCCGGCCCGAGGAGGAAGAGGCCGAAGAGUAUGGCGAUUUGGAGACCGCUGCCAAGGACUUCAUUCGCAAGUUUGGCCUCACGCGGGGUGAUGACCUCGAGAACCUCACUGCAGUGCUUGGAGAAGGCGCAACGAAGCUGCAGGGGGCUAUUCGCAGCUAUCUCGGCAGCUAG